GGGUCUUCGGUGCCAGUCAGGCCGCCUGUCGCACUGCGAAGGCAGCACUUGGACGCGAAGCUCCAUUGAGCUGCCGCCCGCAAUCCAACUGCAAGCUUCCCUCCCACCUUAUUAACGGCCAACGACCACCCUGGCGACAUCUCGACGGCGAAACCUGCGCUACACUAGCGGAACCCACGAACACAAGAUACGGCAAUUUGAGUUGGAAUCCCUUGUUAGCGCUUCUCUUUGCGCACCCCGCCCACCAUCAUGGACCAUCGCCCGCAAGCUUGGGGCCGUCCGAGAGACGACGUCUAUGGCGCCUACGAUGCCAGCUAUCUCCAGACCACCGGUCCCAAGACGGCCACACAAGCGCCCGUCGUAACCGGCACCUCAGUCAUCGCUGUCAAGUUCAAAGACGGCGUCGUCAUGGCCGCCGACAAUCUGGCCUCCUACGGCUCGCUAGCACGCUUCACCGACGUCAAGCGACUGCGUCCCUUCCUGGGGACGUCGGUCGUCGGCUUCGGCGGCGACGUGUCCGACAUGCAGUUCCUCGACCGGCACCUGAGCGAGCUGGCCAUCGACGAGGCCUACGAGCACGAGACGACGGCCAGCAUGUCCGGCCCGGCGCCUGCCGGCCAGCUCAACGCCGCCAACCUGCACAAAUACCUGUCCAAGCUGAUGUACCGGCGGCGCAGUGACUUCGAUCCCCUGUGGAACCAGAUCCUGGUGGCCGGCUUCGACUCGGACGCGAAGCCGUUCCUCGCGUCGGUCGACCUGCGCGGCACGGCCUUCACGUCGCCCUCGCUGGCGACCGGGUUCGGCGCGAUGCUGGCGCAGCCCAUCAUGCGGAAGUAUGCGGCCACCGAGGAGGACGCGGCGCGGCUGAGCCGGGAGGAGGCGGUCAACGUCGUCAAGGAGUGCAUGAAGGUGCUGUUCUACCGAGAUGCGCGCUCGCUGGACCGGUACAGCAUUGCGGUGGUGACCAAGGACGGCGUGGAGCUGAGCGAGGACGAGCAACUGGAGAAGCAGAGCUGGGCGUUUGCCGAGCGGAUCCGCGGGUAUGGCACGCAGACUGUAUAGAAAGGGGGAGGGGUCAGGUAGAGAGGUUUGAUGCUAGGCCGCGGGAGGUGGGCCUUUCUCUCCAGAGUUCUGAAAUACACCUAGACUUCGCUCUGGCUUCUAGGACAUGUCUAAAAUAUUCCCGCCGCGCGGAUAGAGGGACAUUGGGACUGAUGGCUACGGCGGAGAGAAUAGCCCUCUGUAUGAGUCAUCACCUUGAUGAGCUGCUUCU